AAAACCAUGUCGAAGGUACCUAUAUAAGUAUCAGAUGAAUGGCACGAAAGAUCGAUUAUUAUCGUAGUGUUAUUAAAGUUUAUUUCAGUCAUACUUAUUACAGUCGCGAUAAAAAUUAAAUUAAGUGCAAUAAUUUCCCACAUUUAGUUAUUUGCGUAGAUUUUACAAUAAAGUACGUUGUAAAAAAGUACCUAUACUAACCUGUAUUAGUACCUUACUCAAGUUUUCAUUCUAAAUAUCUUGUGCGAUUUUGAAAUCAUUUUUUAAUAUACCUACCUACUUACCUACAUACUUUAAUUGCAAUGUUCAAGAAAGCUCCUUUCGUCAUACUCCUCAUAAUAAAUUGUGGAAUACAUUCUCUCCCAACAAAUAUCACGAAUUCGCACGAACAAGAAUCAAAUUUCAAUUCCAACCAUACAGAAACAGAUUCUACACCGAAAUUAGAUAUUCCGGAAGAAAAUGACGAAUACCCGAAAGAAUCAGAAUCAUCGACUCCUCAAUUAUUCAAAAUUCCAGAAGAUGAAUCUGAAAAGAAACCUUCUACUUCUGGUUAUUAUACUACUCGUAAUAAGGAAGACUCGAUACAUUUUACAGACUGGCAAGUUAAUCCUGACCUGGACUGGCCAGUUGAUCCCGACCUGAAUGCAUCGUCGACUUCUCAAUCAGAAAAUCCAGAAAGUGAAAGUGAACGGAAUAAGCCUCAUUCUACUUCUUAUUACUCUAACGAUGGAGUCUUGGCAAUCUACCAAGAUGGACAACAAGUUAACUCCGACCUGGAUGCAUCAUCGACUCCUCAACCUAAAAUACCACAAGGUGAACCAAAAGGGAAGCCUUCUACUCGUGAUAAAUAUUUGACAAUAAGAAUUGAUUUAUCUCAGUCCUGGAGAUCUCGUGGCGGCGCCACCAUCGACUUGCAGAACGAGGGACGUAUUGAAAUAACUGUGUAGAGAAUCGCAUCUCGACAAGUCGAAUGUGCGCGUGUGGAAGCGUGCGUGAGUAUGGAAAUGUCCCCAUUUCAGCAUGUCAACAUGUACAUAUUUCAUGCAUUCUACCACCAGAGUGCAACACUUGAUCAUCAACUCCGAAUCGCUAUCAUUUAUUUUCUAUUCCAUCCAUUUCUGCUUAUAGGCUAGUGUAAGAUGUUAUAGAUAUACUGCAGGGCUUCCUCUAAGGAAAUUUUGGAGCUGCACAAACUUGAAUAAAUUGAAGUCUAAUUUUUGAUAAUGUGAUAUGACUUUUUUCCCUAGAAAUUUCCCACUCAAAAUUUUGGAAGAAUGAAAUAUACAGGCAAAUAAAACUAUAAAAAGCGAUGUUUUUUUGUGUGAGGAGUUAAUCGUAGGUACUUCUAAAAAGUUUAAGUACAUAUCAUUUUGCUUCAAAAUUUUGAAAUUCGAAUAUUAAUUUUUUUUGAAAAAUUUUAAAGUGAAACUAAAAAGCAAACGAGCCCGAGCGAAGCGAGAGCAAAAUCUGUCGAAAAUUGGUAUCCUGAGAAGCAUAAAAAAUGGAAUUUGAAUGAUUUUUUUUUAAAUCGAAAAACUAAAAAAAAAGCAAAUGGCCCGAGCGAAGCGAGAGCGAAGCGAAAGCGAAAGCUCUCAGAAAUCAGUUUUUCAAGAGGUAUAAAAAACGAUGCUUUUUAGUGGUAUGAGUUACCUACUUGAAAAAAAGUUUAUCAUUUUGCUUCAAAAUUUGAAAUUGAAAUGAUUUUUUUUUGAAAACUUUAAAAUUGAAAGUAAAAAGCAAACAGGCCCGAGCGAAGCGAGGGCAAAAGCUCUCGAAAAUUGAUAAUUUGAGAGAUAUAAGAACUAUGUUUUCUUAUGUGAUAAACGAAGGAGUUUAUAAUUUUUGCUUCAAAAUUCUUAAAUUUGAAUGAUGAUUUUUAAAAAAUGGAACUGCACAAACCAUUUUCCAACUGCACAAGUUUUUUUUGGAGCUGCACAAAAUGUGCGGAGCUGCACGUUACAGGAAGCCCUGAUAUACUGGUUAAAUCUGUCUAAAUAUUUCACAAUAAAAAUUUUAUUUCUUUAAAAAAAAAUGUACAUA